AAAGAAGUCGAAACCUCUUCUGGACUUGUAAGUGAAAAUAUGUAUGUAAAUAAAUCGUAAAAAGCUAAAACUAUCAAUUAAACUUUAUUUUCUAAUCACAAGUUUUUCCAAGUAUUCAUUAGGAGAUUGAAACUCAAAGCAAACUGAAAUUCUCUUGUGACAGUGAUUGACAUUUUGGUUUACACAUUAUUUACGAGUUUAAAUUACAGAUUGAUAAAUGAAAUUAUACUUAAAUUUACAAAAGAAAGUUUGAAGCAGUAAUCGACCGCCUUUACAACUGAAAUCCAAAAGUUAUAUAUUAUCAAGGGAGUAAAAACCAACUGCAAAAAAAUUGGAAGAAUAAGAAAAUUAUUAAAAAUAAAGAACUUUCUGCGAGUUGAGUUAACAAACGUGCCGUAACAUAUUUGCUAACUAGCUAGCUUAGGAUUAAAAUAUUUGACUUUAGCCAAGUCUUUCAGACCUUAUGCGAAAGUCUUGGAAACGAAAUAUUUCUAGCUUAAAAAUUGCAAAUAUAUGGAUGAUCAUAACGAUCCAAAAUGCAGUCGCGACGAAGACGUAGAAGCUGCACAAGAUACACCGCAGCAAAAUCAAACUACAACGAAAGCAAGCACUUCGGAACGACAGCGAUCUGUUGAAACACCAUUGUCGUUUUGUAUCGCACGAGUGGAAUCAGCGUCUCUUUCAUACAGUCGAAACAGUUCAUAUUUGAGCGCAUACACUCCUUUAUAUAUCAGAGCGUCGACCCAAAGUCCUAUUACCAGUCAACCACGAAUGUCCGAAUUGCACUCAACAGCAUCUAUGGUUCUAUCGAACCAGCCUCAAAGUUUGUUUAUUCAAGCAUUGACCAAGCUAAACGAAAGUUCUUUGUCAGCUAUCAACAGAUUAAGAUUAGUCCAGUCAGCAAAUAACUUGGGCAAACUUAAUAUCGAUAUGACUGAAAUGUGUGGAGAUAUAACACCACCAGAUUCCUUAUCAAACGCACCACCCUCAUAUUCUUUUGUAUUGAGACAAAUGGCCGUACGAAGACGGCCAAGACUUAUGGGAACAUUUAUUCCUUCACCUUCUUUUGUUCAUCAUACACCACCCCCCACUUACACAACAGCUUUUGAUAUAUAUGUUGAGCCUGUCCCUCCUCCUCCGGCAAGGGUUUACACUUUUGGAUUUGCUUCUAUGCCCAUUGUGUGCCCUGAAUGUGGAUAUACGGGAAUGACAGCAGUAACUACGAAAGUCACCAUAUGCACACAUUUAUGUGCAUUUAUUUUGUGUUUAUUCUGUUGUUGGAUAUGUGCCCCGUUGCCGUAUGUGUUGAGAUCAUGUAAGGACGUAUAUCAUUAUUGUAGGAAUUGUAGAAGUUAUUUGGGUAUGUACUGUCCAACUAAUCCUGAUGCUUCAUACCCAUGAUAUUUGUUACUUCUAUUUUUGUACAAGUUGUGUAAACAUAAUUAAGAUUUUUUGGAUAAGUUUAAACUUGUAAUGUAAAGGAUGGUAUUGUAUUUUUCUAACAAGAUUUUAGUAUGAUUUACUAGAGAUUUCAAAACGAAAUCAAGUGAUGAACCAUAGACAAUAAAUAUUUGAAAUUA